UGGGGAUAGAGAGAGAAAAGGUUGGGGACCUUUCAGGAACUUACCCUAAAAUUAUUUCCCCUUCAAUUUACCCUCUCUUUCCCUGCAGAAUCGAAAAUUAAUCCUCAGAGCGUGCUGCCGGGCAGCGAAAGAGAGCCUAUUUCUCUACAGAAAAAGAUCUAUUUUGUUUGAAUAUUGUAGUAAUGGAGGAAGAAAUGUCCAAUUCAAUCCGUCGCAUGUCUACUCGAAGUCGAAAGGUUGCUCCGAAAAUGGCUGCCGCCCUUGCCAGCAGUGAUAAUCGCACUCAGGCAAUGCUGGCUCGCCUUGAAGCCUUGGAAAAUGAUAAUGCUGGAAUGGAGAUGGUGCAAAAUGAUGAUGACGAUGAAGCAUCCCUUGAUGAAGAUGAUCAAGUGUAUCAAAAGAAGCAAUCCAAAAGCACGAAACGUAAAACUCGUCAAGCUAAAGCUCUUGAAGAUGCUAAGAAGGCCCCGAGAACGUUCCUUGAGCUCUUAAACGAGGCAAACCUGGAGUCAUUGCCUCCUCAUGUGCCCUCCUACUUCAGAGCAGCUGUGGGACCUCCAAGCUCUAUCGCUCGACGCCAUUUUUGCACAGUUUGUGGGUUUUCUGCAAACUACACAUGCAUACAAUGUGGAAUGCGUUUCUGUUCAAUCAAGUGCCGGGCUAUCCACAAUGAUACUCGUUGCCUGAAGUUCGUUGCUUGAGGCUCGAACUUCCUAAAGUUUUGCCGAACUCAGGACGUGUAUCAGCAAAUAAAUCUUUGCUCAAUGACGAUGCCAAUGCCAUCCUGUCUUGGUGAAUUAAUAAACUGCAUGACCACGAACUAGAUUACUUGAUUUGCUCAUUUGACUUUUCCAUGUUCUUCUGUUAGUUGAAGGCUGAAUUCAAGUAAGGGUUUUUCUAAAUGGCGGCCCUGUCCGUGUAGCAGGCUUCUUCAAGUAAGCUGCCUGAUGAGCAUGCAAUCAGACAUGGAGUAAAGUUUAUAAUUAAUCUCACUCUCUUGUGGCCAGUGUUGCAUAGAGUCGCACGUCCUUUGCUGUGCAUCCAAAGCAAAAAACAAAAUUGAAUUAGAAAUCUCACGGAAUGGGCAUCUUUGCUUAAUCGAGUCAUGGAACGUUUAUGUUGCUUUUGUGCCGGCUGGGAGGCACCUAGUCAAAUAGGCUAGUUUAAGCUCAUAAGACUUGCAUCAUUCUUGGUUUUAUCACGUCGUGAACAAAGUUCCAUGUUUCCAAUCAUUGUAUUAUCACUUGUCAUCAGAAAAUCGAAAAGGGAAAAGAAGUUGAUUAA